CCCCCGCCUGCUUCACCGCAACUUCUUGCCGGUAUUUCUCUGCGCCAGUCAUCCCUGUCCGUCCUACUCUUGCGGUAGACAGGCAGGCAAGUCGUCACGCCGGCCACACGGGAUCGAAUGAAGACGUCUCUGGAGGUGUGAGAGGCAUGACCACUGCAUCCUUCUCGGCUACCACACCUAGCCCUUUGUGUGUUCCGCCCAAUCCUUCUCUCGCUUCGGCCAGGUAUUCUGAGCUUCGCCAGCAGCUUGUCCGCGAGCAUCCCUUCCUGACACAGCCUGCGAAGUCGCCCGAACUUGCCGACACCCAGGUUUGGAGUGAAGAACAAGGGAAUGCAAGCAAAGCUCGCCCAGACAGUACGAGGGAUGCAGCUACGGUCACUUCCUUGAACGAUGCCGCCAUAGCUCUCACCGAGCCGAGGUCAGCUCGUCAGCAUGCCUUCGGGCCAGCUUACGUGCCAGAGGAACAGACCAUGCGGCCGGACCACCUCUGGAACUACUCGGCGUCGGGAUUCAAGGACUUGCCUGCAAAUGCGGUCCGCAAUAGAAAACUUGACGGACGGUUCACAGAGUACCCAAAGCUGCAUCGGCUCCUAGAAGUAAAGCGCGGACUGGUUGAUGCCUCGGCCUCACCUGCCACUUACCUUGGUACUGACCUCCGAGACAGCCUUGGGCCACCGCCCGGCAAUGCACAGCGUUCCGGCGCAGCAGACGGAGGACCGUUCCAUCUGGCCAGCUUGAUGCCAGUCAAGUACGAUGUUGUACUCAUCGAUGCACCUCUUCCUUGUUACGAGUGGGACUCCAUACCGAGCUCCACUAGCACACAUGACGACCAGACCUGGUCUUGGGAGGACCUUGAAGAGCUUCCCAUACCGCUACUAGCUGCGAAGGAAAGUUUCGUCUUUCUCUGGGUCGGCCCGGGCUGCUCGGAUGGUCUCGAGCGAGGGCGAGCUACGUUGUCGCGGUGGGGCUACCGUCGCUGCGAAGUCAUCACAUGGUGUCUGGCUUCUGACGACGGGAACACUGCAAAGCCCGUCCCGUCUACUGGCACGGGCGAUGGCUUGCUUGCUAGCUCUGCAGUUCAUCUCCUCGUCGGCAUUCGUGGCACUGUCAAGAGGAAUCAAGACAGCAAUUUCGUUCACUGCAACAUCGAUACAGACGUCCUCUUCUGGCCAGGCGAAGCGAGAGAAAAUUCCUCGCCUCUGACUUCUGAUUCUGUUCGCCCCAUCGACCUUCGGCUCAAGCCGCCGGAGCUCUACACCAUCAUCGAAAACUUCUGCCUCGGUACGCGCAGAGUGGAGCUCUUUGGCACAAACCGCAAUCUCCGUCGAGGCUGGCUGACGAUUGGGCUGCCAUCGACAUUAGGGCCAGGAGCUCCGGGAUGGGAAAGUGUCUUACGCAACGAGAAUGCCGGCGCAAUUCAUACGCAUCGGAAGACUGAAGAGCCACCAGAAGAGUACAUCAAGGAUCGGUACCUCUCACACUUCAACGUCGACCCUGUAGGCUGCCCGCUCAGCAUGAGGAGUAAUGUCGUCCCUUCCAACGACGUGGUGGAAGCUCUUCGGCCUCGCACGCCACCUCAGCAGCAAAUACACUCGACAUCAGCCAAGCCAGACGCAAGCUACCACCUCGAUCAUAGCCUGACUGGGAACACAAAUGCACCUGAAAGCAACCCAAGCAGGGCCGUCGGACCGUCUUACCCACGAGGUCUAGGCGCGUCGUACCAAGCACCGCACGCGGGGCCCAUCAUCCCGGGAGCAGCACGGCCGGCUUCCCUCGCUCCACGAGGCUUCUCGUCCCCAUCGCUACAGCACGCCAAAUCGCCCACAUCGGGCCUUGGUGCCGGCGGUCCCGUAACAGUGAGCUUACAAAGUGGAAGCGAGCGCCUCAGUGGACCUCAAAGAAGCGCUGUAGGCCUAGGCAUGGCUACUGGUGGGACAGCGGGGCAGGGCAGAGGAGGAAGAGGCAGCGGAGGUGGUGGGCGAGGCCCGCGAGGUGCGAGAUCCGAUAGAGGCAGUGGUAGGAUAGGGAAAGGGAGUGACUCUGGACCCGCAAGCGGAGAAGCAAAAACGUAGUACGAAAGUAGAGGAAAGAGGGUAUGAGUGUAGAGUACAUAUGAAUCUUCCUUGCAUCGAUUUCCUCCCUAGUUGCCAUUGUUCUGUGGUCUCGCAAGCGGGGUGGAAUUUCCUCCCUGAGCCUUCUUCUUCUUUUUCCUGACCUGAACAGACC